AGACUGUUCAUAAAUUCUGACCAAGAAUACUCCAGUCUCGUCUGCUACCUCUGUAGAUCCGACUGACGAACUUCUCGAACUCAGCAUGAAGAUCGUGCUGGUCGCGCUGCUGGUGGGCGCCGCCUCGGCGUUCGUGGACAGGACAGAGUGGGAGGCCUUCAAGCAGAAACAUGACAAGUCCUACGUCAACCCUAUCGAGGAGUUCUACAGGAUGAAGGUGUACGCGGACAACAAGGUUCUGGUCGACAAGCACAUGAAGGAGUACGCCGAGGGAAAGCACACCUACACCCUGGCCCUCAACAAGUUCGCGGACUUCACCACGGAAGAGUUUUCUCGCAUCUUCAAGGGUGUGAAAAUCGGCAGCACUAGGCCGCAUGCCAUCCACAAGCACUCCGGAAAGGCCGCCCCUGAGUCUGUGGACUGGCGCGAGGCAGGUGUGGUGACGCCGGUCAAGGACCAGGGCCAGUGCGGCUCGUGCUGGUCGUUCGCCACCACCGGCACUGUGGAAGGUGCCUGGGCGCUGGCCGGCAACUCGCUCGUCUCGCUCAGCGAGCAGCAGCUGGUCGACUGCUCCACCGAAAACUUUGGCUGCAACGGCGGCUGGAUCGACACCUCGCUCAGCUACAUCAUCAACAAUGGCGGCAUUGAAUCGGAGGACUCCUACCCGUACACGGCCCGGGACGGCACGUGCUCAGUCAGCGGGAACAGCGUGGUCACCCUGACCAGCUACGUGGACGUUCCCUCGGAGAGCGAGAGCGACCUGCUGGACGCGGUCGCCACCGUCGGCCCCGUGGGCGUCCUGAUCGACGCGUCGCACCACUCCUUCCAGCUGUACUCCGGCGGUGUGUACAACGAGCCACACUGCUCGACCUGGCGCCUGGACCACGCCGUACUGGCCGUCGGCUACGGCACCGAGAACGGCCAGGACUACUGGCUCGUCAAGAACUCGUGGAACACCGACUGGGGCAUGGACGGCUACAUCAUGAUGAGCAGGAACGCCGACAACCAGUGCGGCAUCGCCACCACUGCCUCUUACCCUAUUGUGUAGAUUACCAUGCGCUGAAAGAUGCUGUAUGUUGUGUGUCCUGACAGCAGCCCCUGGAAUUUAAUUAAGUUACUUCGCAUUUGUUUUAAUCCGGCUAUUUACUUUCCACUGUUUACAUGAGCCCCAUGUGAAAGUGCAUCAAAACCAGAUGCUAAACAAGCGUUUUUUUU